UAUUCGUAUCUCCACAGUGGUUGUAUACAUACGUAAUUUAAUUAGCAGCUGUGAUAUGAACUACACAAUAUAUAUUAUUUUUGUUUAUUUUUGUUUGUUCCUUUGAUUAUGAUUACAAUGAGCAUACAAAUCAUAAAAUUUAUCAAAUAAUCAAAUAGAAACCAUCCAGCGACAGUACUUCGGUGGUAAAAUAUAACAAACUGAAAAUAUGUCAUCAAAGAAGAAGACCAAUACAUUGUCAAAGGUUAAUAACGAACAAUCAAUGGAACAAGGCACUUCAAUUGACUUAAAACAUUUUGAUAAUGAUCCAGCAGAAAUACUCAAGAAUGAUUUAAAAAUUGUGUUCAUACCUAAAACAUUACAUGAACAUUUAGAAUGUGUCGUAGGAAAACACGUUUUUAUAGAUAAACCAUGGACCAAGAUAUCUCGUAAAAAAAUUAUUGAUAAUUUGCAGUCGCAAAAUAUGGACUCAUGUUUUUGGACAUUUCAAAAGGAAAUUGAAGGUAUUACAAAUGAUUAUGUUUUAUUUGGAUAUAAACCCUUUAGUAGUACAGAUGAGGAAUUUCUAAUAUGCACCACGGAUAAAGCGAAACAGUGUAUCGAAGAAACACAAAUACAAAAUAUAGGAGGUGAACUUAAAAAAAAAGUUGAGCGGUCAAUGUGUCGUGUACCGGGUCCUUGGGACUCCAAAAGCAGCGACAAAGAUAUCGAAGAAAUAAAAUCAGUACAAACACGUGAAAAGAUAACAUACAAAUGGAAACUUCCAGCUGGGAGACUUCAAGCAGAAGCAGAAUUUGAGGACUCGAAUUCAAAAUCCAUAAAAAAUGAUUAUGUAAAAUUAGAACCACGGCCAAAAGAAAUCUUCAAAAGUAGUGAUGCUUUAACAAUGGAAUCGAGUGUUCAAGCUGUCAGAAAAAUGAUCAACACAGAAAUGCAGACAAUUCCAAGAAUUAAAUAUAAUAAAUGUAUUCAAUCGGUUGCCGUGGAAGAGGAAAUGUUUCAGUUACAACCUUUAAAUAUAUCAGAAAAAUCUCUUGACGAUUUUUUAAACAAACAUGUCCCUAACUUAGUGAAUCAGUUGCACUACAACGAGUUAUAUGAUUUAUACCGUGAUGACUAUAAACUGUUAAAAAAUGAAAAUGAAAAUGAAAUCGAACAAACAUCCAAAGUUAUAAAACUUCUACCUAGAUAUCAGAAUGAGGUAUCCAAAAAAAGAUACGUAUCUUGUCAUGCUUGGCAUCCUACGAUAGUGGGUAUUUUCGCAGUAUCUUACACGAUAAAUAGUAAUGAGUUAUAUAAAACUGUGGAUUUGGAAACGUCUGAUGAAGAAAUUACUAAGUCAACGGUUAAAGACGAAAAAUACGGUAUAUCCUACAGUGAUAUCUACACAGACUCUCCGAGUAACCGGCCAGAAACUAAACUUUUAGACGAGAAUUACAAAGAAAAGAUAAUUUCUCUGUUAAACAAAGAAUUUGUGCAGAGGAUGAGGAUAAUACAACUGACCGAGGACGAAAAAAUUAACCAACAAUAUAGCCAUGACAUUAAUAGACAGUUGCGAAACUCUUUAAUUUAUGUUUCUCACGAACAAACUUCCAUCUACAAAGAUCUUCCACUUGUAAAAUCAGAUAACAGAGCUUUGAUUGACGAGAAUAUAAUUAUCAAAGAAACUCAGAGUGAAAUAACGAGUAUUUGUGCCCUGCCAAGUAUAGAUCAACAGUAUCAAUUAAACUUGAAUAACGAGUUUUCCAUAGAUGAAAAUGAAUAUGAAGUACAAAACAAAGAAAUUGAUGACACUAAUAAAUCUGUAAAUAUUACGAGUGACAAAAAUGAAGGUGAAAACUGGAUGGACGUGAUAGAUCACCAUGAUUCUGACACAGAAAGCUUUUAUAAUAUUUGGGGAGAUGAUGAAGAAUGGUUACACGAUAACAAACUAAGGAAUGCUGUUAGAAAUAUUCAUAGGAAAUUUAAUAAGCAAUAUGAUCGAGAAGCAAGAGAAGAAAAAUUGUUUAGACUCUUGAAGUCUCAAGCCAAGUACAAUGAAAAAAAAAAUAAAAUCGAUGAUAUGGAGAAAGAGAGAAUGAAAUUAACCAAAGACAUGUUUGAAGCUGGAGAUAUGUACCAAAAAUUAAAGUAUCAAUCAGAAUAUAAAACUAAAAAGCGAAGAAAAUCUUCGUCAAAACAUAAAUCACUGAAAAAUGAUGAAGUACCAAAGAUUAAACGUGAAAAUACAACAGUAACGGAUGAACAAAAUAACUCUGUCAUCAUUUGGUCAGUUAGUGAUAAUAUUUAUCCAAAGUUAAGGUUGGAGAGUGCCGAAGAAGUGCGUUGUGUUGAAUUUAAUCCUAGACACGGUAACACUGUUGUAGGAGGGUUAACAAAUGGGCAGAUUUGCAUAUGGGACAUUGAAGGAAAAUUGGAGAUGCCAGGUUCAAAUAAUUUGAACAUGUCAGAAAAAGAAAAAAAACAUCAUGAACAUUUAUGGGCGCACAUGAAAUGGUCGUUGGACGUUAAGUUUGAAACUAGAAUCAAAUCAGCAGCAGUAAGUGCAAUUUUGGAAUCUCAUUUAUCAACUGUGACUGCAAUCCAAUGGAUUCAUCCGAUGAAUAAAAUAACAUCAUUGGGAAAAUUUAUAAGUGUUCAAGAAGGAGAAUUUUCAGAUCAAUUUUUUUCUGCUUCUAUGGACGGCACUAUAAAACUUUGGGAUUUGAAUUCGAAACCGAUGCCAAGAAACAUUAAAAAAAGUAUAAAUAACACUGGUUUGGAGCACCCAGAGAAGUUGAACAACUAUAAAUCACCAUUGAGCAUUUACAACAACCGUCUAAAGCCUUCGUAUACGAUCAUAAUCAAAGAACCAGAAAAGACAAUACACAGCCCCAUAACAGCGCUGUCUUUUGAGAUACCUUUAAUGCAGUAUAAUUAUAAGUCCGAUCAACCAUUAAGUAUUGGAAAACGACAGUUUGAAUAUGUGCCGGCAAAAUCAAAUGAUCCAAACCGUAUCUUGGUCGUUGGUAAUAUUAUGGGUCAAAUCGGAGUGGUCACAUGGCAUGGUUAUGAUACAUACCAGCAGGGUCGAAAUAGUGAAGAGUGCAAAAAUAUUUGGUGGGGACAAGUGCACGAUGGACCGAUCAACUACAUUAAGAGAAAUGUUUUUUACCCAGAUAUUCAUUUAGUAUGUGGUGGACACGUUGUAUCUAUUUGGAGUUUGAACUACAAAGGUGGUCCAGUUUGGUGGAAGCGUUUCAAUGAUCUAACAAACAGCGUUUUAUGGUCUACCACUCAUCCCGCGGAAUUUCGAGUGUCCUUCAACACUGAUGGGGUCUUACAAUUUUGGAAUUUCAUGAAACACACUCACCAACCUUACUAUACAACGGAUAUUUUCCUUAGUGAUGGGCUAAUAACAACUUUAUCAGCCCCGUAUUCACCAAUACAUUUCAUCGGUACCGAACAGUUAAUAUUUACUGAAGGUAUGCAUGAAGUAAUGAAUUAUAAGAAAAACGAAUUGAUCAGUUUUUCGGAUUCCACUGGGGCAAUAAUAAUGAUCACCACAGAUGUUCCGGUAAUGGAACCAAAUACAGUCGAGGAGGUUGGACGAGUAUUUGAGAAGGAGGUGAUUUGGAGAAAAGAAUUGGAUGCAUGGAACAGUAAGUAUAAAGAAGAAUUUAGAUCCAUGAGAGAAAACGAUGUGUGCAGUCAAGAUUACAGGGAAAAUAAAUCACAUGUAGCGAAUUCGGUUCAUAGCGAUAACCCCCAACCAACGUUUUCACAGGAACAAACAAAGAGAAAGAUUUGGGAUGAAACUUUCAAUUGGUGUUUUAGUCGUAAAGGACCACAAACGCGUUUAGGUAAAAUGAGAGAUAAAUAUUUACAACGGGAAAAACUACAUAUAAUUGAGGCCAUGAUGAAAAAAAAGAAUGUUGAUCAAAAACAAUUAGAAGAAUAUUUCAAAGGAGUAGAGGAAAACAAGUAUAACAAAGAUGAUAUUACAAAUAUGAAAUUCGAAGCUGAUGAAUCCUACAGAGACAUUGUCAACAAAAUAUUAGCUACUGAAAAUACAGAGGAACAUAUGUUAGAUGCCGAUUCAAAAAGUAAUGAGUCAGUUGACAUGAAAAAAACAGUUGAAACAAUUCAACAACUAUUGGUAACUGACAUUGCAGUUGAAAAAGAAAAGUUAAGUAAUUACAUAAAAAAUAACCCAUAUAAAGCUGACCAAGAAGACUGGGCUCAAGUAAUCGAAUUUGCAGAAAAGAACGUUAGGGAAAUAUUAAAUGACCCAACUCUCCUAAAAAGUCCAGCAUUGCGUAUGACGCGCCGGGAAUUGGCGAAAAAAUACAUUAAUGAAGGUUAUAAGAUUAAAGAAUGGAAGACUCGUAAAGAUGAACAUGCAUACGAUCGGUACGAAAUGAGAAACAAAAAAAUCGACAUAUUAAGAACUAUGUAUGGGAAAAGUUAUAACCCACAGUGGGACAAGGGCUUGCGACCACAGACAAUGAGAGAUGCCAUCCGGAUGCGAUUAACCGAGGCAGCGGAUGAUAACGAUGAAAGAUUAUAUGAAAGUUAUUUUGAAGGAAAAAGUGGUGGAGACAACAGCUGUUACGCUGAUUAUUUAUCAUUAAUGGGAUCGAGGCCCAUGUCCAGUUAUCCCGAAGAUUAUGCAGGCGUCUCCGAAAGAGAGCUAUCGAUAAACGAUGACGACGAAAGCACUAACGCUACUGAAUUUGAUGGUUCCAACAGAAAUAAUGAUCAAGAAAAAGUAAGAGACCCAUAUAGCCAACGGGCGUACAAUGAAUACGACGAGUAUCAAGAUUUAGAAACACUUGAUGAACAUGAUCAAGAAGAUGACGAAUAAAUUCCAAUGACCUCGAACGAAUUCAAUGAAAAUAAUAAUUUAAGUAAUAAGAUUUAAAAUAAUUUUAAUAUUUUACUUUAUGUAUAUGUAGGCAUAUAUAUCUUAAAAAAAAUGAUCUAAUUCACUAUUUUAUUUUGGAAAAAAAUACUUUUGAGUAUUUAAAUAAUUUAGUUGUUUACUUUAUAGUUUAUACACUCAAACAGUAUAAUACGGUGUGCUGAUUUGUAUUUUUAUAUUAAAAACUUUUUGACAAGUA